CGGGAGCUGCUCAGUAGGCAGCAGCAAGUGCAGCCAAGACGAGCGGACUCUGCGCUGCUUCGUGAGGGAACACCGCACUGAUGAGGGGACCGUCGCUGAGAACCGUCUCACAUUACUCCUGGUGAUUACCGUGACACAUCCAUCAACGCGUCCCUCCGCCUUCCGCCGGGAUUUCACCGCCGCUGAGAGGGUCUGUCUUUCGGAGGACGUGCUUGUUUUCUUUUUCCUCCGGGAAGCUGAAUGGAAGCAGCAGCCGAGGGAGCGGUCGGGCUGUCGGAGGCCGGGGAAGGGAGCCCUCUGUCCGGAGCCACAGCAUCCGAUGAUGGGGAGACGGUUGUGGGAGUCAGCUACGGGAUGGACGCCGCAGACAUGGAUGCAGCUGCCAGGAAAGCCUUCAUCACAGAGUUGCCCUCAUCUUCAGGCCAGCCUGGUCAAGGAAAGAAGAUUGGCCACAGAGGGGUGGACGCCUCAGGAGAAACUACGUACAAGAAGACCACAUCAUCGGCGUUGAAAGGUGCCAUCCAGUUGGGAAUCGGUUACACAGUCGGCAACCUGAGCUCCAAGCCAGAGAGAGAUGUGUUGAUGCAAGAUUUCUACGUGGUGGAAAGCAUCUUUUUCCCCAGUGAAGGGAGCAAUCUCACUCCAGCCCAUCAUUUCCCAGACUUCCGCUUUAAGACGUACGCUCCUGUGGCCUUCCGCUACUUCAGAGAACUGUUCGGCAUCAGGCCGGACGACUACCUGUACUCCCUCUGUAACGAGCCCCUGAUCGAGCUGUCCAACCCCGGAGCGAGCGGCUCCGUCUUCUACCUUACGAAGGACGACGAGUUCAUCAUCAAAACCGUGAUGCACAAGGAGGCUGAGUUCUUACAGAAGCUGCUGCCUGGAUACUACAUGAACUUGAAUCAGAACCCUCGUACGCUGCUGCCCAAGUUUUUCGGCCUCUACUGCGUCCAGUCGGGCGGGAAGAACAUCCGCGUGGUGGUCAUGAACAACGUGCUGCCCCGCGUGGUCCGCAUGCACCUCAAAUACGACCUGAAGGGCUCCACCUACAAGAGGCGAGCAUCCAAGAAGGAGAGGGAGAAGGCCAAGCCCACGUUCAAAGACCUGGACUUCAUGCAGGACAUGCCGGAAGGACUGAUGCUGGACCAGGACACGUACAACGCCAUGGUUAAAACUCUACAGAGAGACUGUCUGGUGCUGGAAAGCUUUAAGAUCAUGGACUACAGCUUGCUGCUCGGGGUCCACAACAUGGACCAGGCGGAGAGGGAGAGGCAGAUGGAGGGGUCACAGGGCGGCAGCGACGAGAAGAGGCCCGUGGCCCAGCAGAAGGCCCUCUACUCCACCGCCAUGGAGUCCAUCCAGGGCGGCGCCGCCUGCGGAGGGUCCAUCGACACUGACGACACGAUGGGUGGCAUUCCAGCGGUAAAUGGAAAAGGAGAAAGGCUUCUUCUCUACAUCGGGAUCAUCGAUAUUCUGCAAUCCUACAGGCUAAUAAAGAAACUGGAGCACACGUGGAAGGCUUUGGUUCAUGAUGGGGACACCGUGUCGGUCCACCGACCGGGUUUCUAUGCCGACAGGUUCUUCAAGUUCAUGAGCAGCACGGUGUUCAAGAAGAGCUCAUCUCUGAAGUCCUCUCCGUCUAAGAAGGGCCGCGUGUCGUUGUCGGUGCCUAAAUGCGCCGGUCCUGGUGCGGCGUGGUCCGCCAGCCAGCUCGCCUCUGAGAGGGACGAGAACAUCUACGACCUGAGAGGAGCCCGCAGCUUCCCAACGCUGGAGGACGAAGGUCGACCGGAUCUUCUUCCGUGUACUCCCCCGUCGUUUGAGGAGGCCACCACGGCGUCGAUCGCCACCACUCUUUCGUCCACAACGUCUUUGUCCAUCCCCGAAAGAUCUCCGUCUGACACGGCAGAGCAUCCGCGCUACAGGAGGCACACCCAGUCUCUCAGCCACGACGGAAGGACCCAGGAGGAGCUGCGUGUGCGCGAGGAGGACCAGCAGACCAUCACGGUGGAGGUGGAGCUGAAGAGACACGACAGCGAGCCGACCAUCUCCGCCCCGCAGCACUCGCCUGACGCCAGCGAGCCCCAAGCCGCGGCCGACGCAGAAGAGGCCACAGCGCCCUCGACCUGUCCGGCGGCGGAGGCGCUGUCCUCCACCGCCCCUGCCGCCGCUCCGUCUCCACCAGAGCCGGCCGAGGAAGCCCCGCCCAGGCCCGAGGUGGUGGUGGUGGAGCCCGACGGGGCCAGCCAGUUGUCCGGAUCGGGCUGCACCAGCCAGGCUUCGGUCGACGAUGACGAUGACGUGCCGGUCUCAGAUAUCUACUUCCUUCCCAAUGGGAGCACCUGGGUGGUCGUUCCCUUCAGGCAAAGGAGGAAAUGCCAGUUGUGUUGGCCACCUCCAGAGGACAGGACCUGGGUGUACUCUCCGCUACACUAUGGCUCAGAGUCUAAGACCCUGCCAGAUGGGGAUUGGGAAAGAGAGACAUAAACCCUGUUUCUGUGGUGGAGAGAGAGAGACGGAGGGAGAGAGAAAGAGGGGAGUGAACGUCUCAGAAGAGAAGACUCAUCAGUCCGAGGUCCAGACCGCAACAGCAGAAGCACGAUCUCUGCGUGCAGCAGGAUUGUAAGCAUAUCCGGAGGAAAAAGUGACAUGAACACCUGAGGAGUGAGGGAAAAAAAAAGAAAAAAAAAAACACCCGAAAAGGAUGAAUUUACUGAUGUCCAACCGUCCCUGCCUUUCACCCUCGACAGAUGAAAUUUAUUAUAUCGAUUUAAGGAUUUAUCUCUCUGUAUAUGUGUGACAUAGUCUGUGAAAGGCUGUAGUAGUAUAUGUUUGACAUACAUGCAACACCACUUCUGAAUCGGCCCCUCUGAACAGACUUUAAACAGAUUUUCUCACUGAAUCCACAGAGGCCGGGAGGUUCUGGAAACACAUGAAACCUACUUUGUUUACAUAUCCGUACUCCUACGCCCUGAUGCGUUUGGGCAUCCGCGGUGUACAAGACAGCUAAUGAGUUAGGCACCGUUUUUUUUGUAAAGACAAGUGUGAAGAAGGCAGGUGACACAUUUCAGAGGUUCACGUUCAAGAAGUGCUCUCUUCAAGCACCACUUUUACAUUUGAGUCAACAUUGUUGGGUCUUAACAGAUUUGCUCCUUCCAGCAAUGUCACCAUGGAUUUUAUGUCCCAGGCUCCGGGCUCAUUUCACCGUUUCGCAUUUUAAUUUUGCGCCUGCCGGAGGAUGCUUCAAACCCAUAAUUAAAGGUUAUUUUAUGGACGGCUCAGCGACCUCUGCACUCUAAAGAGCCAGCUUGGCUCCUUGAUUAAUUUUGCUUAUUAGGGCGACAAAACCUAACUCGUCCUCUAACGGACGGCUCAACGGGUUUUGCACCUGCAAUGUUACAUUUUUAGGUUGCAGGACAUACGACGCACUUCUAAAAAGAGAAAAACGAUCAGUCUUCUUGAAUGUAACAUCUGACAAUAAUGGAAAUAGAGAAGGAAGAAAAACAGUUUGAGACCAAACGACAGAAAAAUAUGUGACUGAAUAAAUAAAGCAAAAUAAAAUGAAACAUUAGAACCACAAUCAACCUAACUAGAGCGAUUACUAUGGAAAACCAACCGACCAGCUUUGCCAGUGCAGGUUCCUACUUUGGCAAGGGAUGGGAAUUAAACCACAGUUUCUGUCAAAGAUUAGACCUGUCCUAAUAUAACCACCAGAGCCUGCAGAGAUCCAUUUGACUGCAAUUUUUUCCCCCACAUUGUGUCUUAACAACCGAAAACAUUUUUACUUGGAUGGUAUUUGAUAUAUGUCUGUUGCAUAUUGUGCAGCGGAAGAUAAAUUGAUACAUGAUUUAGAAAACAUCGUUCGAAUAACAGUCUGGAAAUCGUGGCGUGCAUACGAGUCCAGCUCUGCGUAAUCAGUUGUUCAACUAACAUGUAAACAAGGUCCAUCUGUGUGCAAUUUAAUCUUCAAUCUCAGUGUACAUACUUUUGCCAAGGCACUGCCAAAAAAAAAAAAGUCCUCAUUAGAUCAAACAAAGAAAACAACCAUCUCCAAAUGGCGAACUGCGUAAGUGCGUCGUCACACGAUGAAAGGUUUCCGAGCGAAACGCCUCUUAGGUCGACCGCAGCCUCGUGUCCGGCCGAGUUCUUCGGCUGAGAGCCUCUUUAGCUCCAAAUGUUGCGGCGGGGUUAAAAUGGUGUAAACUCGAAACAGAUUUGAGAGAAUUCAGUGAGAAAACCUGCAGGGCUCUGCAUCGAAAACCAUCGGCAGCACAUUUCUGUCAUUCGCACAUUCCUAGAAGAGGAAAAACAUGCAGCGUAGUUUAUAAGAGAAGGAGCAAAACGGGAGGUUUAGCUAAAAGUCUUUGUGAAUUUACACAAUAGAUGUAAUUUAUAUUAGUUUCUCCAUAUCUUUCUUUAAGUGUGUUCCACUUUAGGACUCGCCCAAUAGUCCCGGGGGGUGGGAGGAGGGUUUCCUUUACAAAAAGCUUUCUUAAAUGCACCCAAAGAGCUUUGAUUUUAGCCAUUUAAAUGCAGUUGGUACAUUUUUCAGUGAGCUGAAACAAACAGGGAUUUUUCUUUCACACAGCUGAACGUCACUCGCCACAUGGAAGCUACAGACAUUGUCAUGAGAGAAGAUUUUUUUUUAAACUCCAUUGCAGUGUCUUCCAGUUGGAGCCCCACCUUUUGGAAAAAAGAAAAAAAAAAAAAAAAAAAGGAUUCAGAGUUCGAACGGUGGAUGACGGGUGGGUAAAUAUCAGUGACAUGUUUCCUCUUAGCAAUCCCCUCCUCGCAUCAGAAACCCACCGAGUGAACGGUUUCGACGUUUUGUAGUUGUAGACUAUCAGUUGUGGUGUUUGCAGUCAAUAUCGUAGCUGUUAUCUGUAUAUUUGGAUGAACGCACUACAUUGCCGCGUUGACGCAGUUUGUGAAUGAGCUAAACUUUGUUUGCACUUAAUACGGGGACCUGAGCGAUGAACCAGUGAUGGAGGCCAAAUAAAACACGCACCACAUUACGCAGAAGUCAUACAGCUGCAUUUCAGUAAAUCAGAACAUUGUCAAAAAGUUUGGGGGGGAGGGGGGUUGGUAUAUUUUGAAAUGUACUUCAAACGUAUAUUUUUCUGUUUAAAUUUGAAGGUUAUGGUUUGCAGAAAAAAAAAUCCAGUUUCUCUAAAUUCUGAUAGAAGAGACACAAGAUUCAAUAAAGCAGAUGACCUGAAGGCCUUUGUGAAAGGCUUCCAUCACACAUCCGCAGAGCCAGGGGUUGAUAGCUUCCAUGCCACGCUGCAUUGAUGCAGUAACUUUUGCAAAGAAAACCUUUGCAUUUCAUUCAUACACUACACAGUGCAUGUAGAAGCUGUUUGUUUGGGCAUCAUAUGCUUUAUUUUUCUUUUUUCGUCAUACAUAACUUGAGUUUGAACUUUAGUUUUCAUUAGCUGAAACCCAUAAUCAUCAAAAUUACCACAAAUAAACACAUGUAAUACAUCACUGUGCGUGUAAUGAACCCAUUUACAACAGGAAAGUCACAGCUUACUGAAAUAAAUGAUCCGUAAUGUUCCGAUUUACUGAGAUGCACUUGUAGUUGUUUUUUGGGGUUUUUUUCGCUCUCUCUCACACAGAUGCUGACAUUUAUCUUACAACUGUGCGUGCGUGUGUGUAUCAUUUUAAAUGUUAGUGUCUGCUGUAGGGUCUGUGCUUCACAUCUUUGGGUUUCAACUUAAAAACAUUUUCGCAAACUCAAGAGCGACUUCCUUCCUUCAGCCGGUUUCUACAUGCGCUCGUGAGCGUAAAGGAGGACCCGUCGACGUCUGCGAUGCAAAACAGAAAUCCGUUUGUUCUCCUGAUGUGCAGUGGCCAGUUGUUAUCAGUUUGCUGUUCGUCACAUGAAGACCACAGCAGCAUUUUUUUAUUUUUGUACAGUCUGUUUGUUUUUUUCUUUUUGCCUUAUCUGAAAGUUUUACACGUGGGUCUAUUGUUUAUUUUAUAUAUCUUUUUUUCCACCUGUAUUCCUGUAUUUAUUUACUUUUUUCCUUCCUCGUUGCUGUUUUCUUGAGAAUAUGUACAUAAAUCUAUAAAUACAUAUAUAAAGAUAUACAAAUAUAUUUUCCAUUUGAAUCGGAGAAUCUUAUUUUUAUUUGGUUUUAUUUUUGCUGCUGGGUAAGAAGCGAUUGCAUGGCUGCAAUCUACAUAAUUUAAACCACAUUCUUCAGUGUGUCUGUCAAGAUGCAGCUGCUGUACAUCUACGGCGCGUAAAACCCACAGCUGUUCCUUUGUAUGAUUUCUGAAACUGAAAGACUUGUGGGUUUUUAUCGUACAUGCAAAUCGAAUAGGGAUUCUUCCAACUGUUCAAGCCGUGUCGUGUUUGUGUUCUCAAAUCGCCGUGUGCCCUCGUCCGAUAGGGAGAGUCCGUUGCAGAAGACAUAGCAUGAUUUCACAAAUAAAUAUGCAUAUCAGAAAAGUGUAUUUUAUGUAUAUCUGUGUACAUUCAUCUAUUUAUAUAUGGGAGUAAAUAGAUGGCUGUGUGUGUGUUUGGACUCAAUCAGAAUGAAUAUGAAAUAAAGCAGUUCUAUGAAUUGUC